CUGUGACUUGACCAUCGGGACGCGCUUCAGCUGAGCUGUCCAUUUCCCUCUGGGCUGUCAGAAGGUGGAGGAAGAGAUGGGCUGGCAACAAUCUCUGCAAGAAUCCGAUGCAUCCAAAGUCCGCACCAUUUACCUCAAUGAACCCCUUAGGAACAGUUUCUGCAAAAACUGGAUCAGCACAGCCAAGUACAGCAUUUGGUCAUUUCUUCCUCGAUAUCUGUACCUGCAGUUUAGCAAAGCUGCUAAUGCUUUCUUCCUAUUCAUUACUAUAUUGCAGCAAAUUCCAGAUGUGUCUCCGACGGGAAAAUAUACAACUCUCUUGCCUUUGGUGAUUAUUCUUAUGGUUUCAGGAAUCAAAGAGAUUGUAGAAGAUUAUAAACGACACAUGGCAGACAAAUUAGUUAACACAAAGACGGUGAUAGUGUUAAGAGAGAAUACAUGGAAAACGAUUAUGUGGAAAGAGGUAAAUGUGGGUGACAUUGUGAAGGCCUCCAAUGGACAGUUCCUUCCUGCAGACAUGGUUCUAAUCUCUUCCAGUGAACCUCAAGUAACAUGUUAUGUAGCAACAUCUAAUCUGGAUGGGGAGACAAAUCUAAAAAUACGACAGGCUUUGUCAGAAACAGCUGAAAUGCAAACAGAAAAACAAUUGUCAAGCCUAUCUGGAAAAAUAGAAUGUGAAGGACCUAAUCGUCAUUUCAACACCUUUGUUGGAACGUUGUAUCUAAAUGAUAAAAGCCCUGUUCCAAUUGGACCAGAUCAGGUCUUGCUAAGAGGUACACAACUUAAAAAUACUCAGUGGACCCUUGGCAUAGUUGUUUACACUGGAUUUGAAACCAAAUUCAUGCAGAAUUCUAUCAAAUUGCCUCUCAAGAGAUCAAAUGUUGAGAAGGUGACCAAUGUGCAAAUCCUGGUGUUGUUCCUGCUGCUCCUGGCCAUGUCCUUGGUGAGCUGUGUAGGGGCCAUACUCUGGAAUGAAUGGUAUGGAGAAGGCAUUUGGUACAUCAGGAUGAAGGAAUACAUCUCCCACAGCUUAGGGUUUGACUUACUGGUGUUCAUCAUCUUGUACCACAAUCUCAUCCCCAUUAGCCUGCUUGUCACUCUGGAAAUUGUGAAAUACAUUCAGGCCAUGUUUAUAAACUGGGAUGAAGAUAUGCAUUACAGAGGAAAUGAUGUCUAUGCCAUGGCCAGAACAUCCAAUCUUAAUGAAGAGCUUGGGCAGGUAAAAUACUUAUUUUCUGAUAAAACAGGAACCCUCACUUGCAAUAUUAUGACAUUUAAGAAGUGUACCAUUGCAGGUAUAAUUUAUGGAAAUCAGUCAGAGAAAAGUGAUACCGAUAUCCGAAAAUUAAGUCUGUCACCCUCUAUCAUCACAGAGUCCUGUGAAUUUAAUGACCCAAGAUUAUUGUACAACUUUGAAAGUGGCCACCCCACGAAAGAUUAUAUAAAGGAAUUUCUUACCCUGUUGUGUGUGUGCCACACUGUUGUUCCUGAGAGAGACGGAAAUAACAUAAUCUACCAGGCUUCCUCCCCAGAUGAAGCAGCUUUAGUGAAAGGAGUGAAGAACCUUGGCUUUGUUUUUACUGCGAGAACGCCAACCUCUGUCACCAUAGAAGUCAUGGGAGAAAACUUCACCUUUGAAAUUCUCAAUAUCCUGGAGUUUUCUAGUAAUAGAAAAAGGAUGUCUGUCAUUGUCCGAACUCCUACAGGAAAUCUCCGUCUCUACUGCAAAGGGGCUGAUACAGUGAUUUAUGAGAGACUUUCAGAAGAUUCUCACUUUAUGAAGGAAACAUUAACCCAUCUGGAAUAUUUUGCCAAAGACGGGCUGAGAACUCUCUGUGUUGCUUAUGCAGAUUUAUCUGAGGAAGAGUAUCAGCAGUGGUUGAUACAGUAUAAAAAAGCAAGUACAGUUAUCCAAGACAGAAUGCAGAGUUUGGAAGAAUGUUAUGAAAAUAUCGAAAAGAAAUUUCUGCUUCUUGGAGCCACAGCCAUUGAAGAUCGCCUUCAAGCACGUGUUCCUGAAACAAUAACAACUUUACUGAAAGCAAACAUAAGAAUAUGGGUCUUGACAGGAGAUAAACAAGAAACUGCAAUUAACAUAGCAUAUUCCUGUAAACUGAUAUCAGCUCACAUGUUUCGUAUUCAAUUGAAUUUAAACUCAUUGGAGGCAACACAACUAGCUAUUACUCGGCACUGUGAAGCUCUCGGAACCCAGUUAAGUAAAGAAAAUGACCUGGCCCUCAUCAUUGAUGGUGAAACCUUGAAGUAUGCCCUCCAUUCUGAAAUUAAAAGAAGCUUCCUCAAUUUGGCCCUCUCAUGUAGAGCAGUGUUAUGUUGUAGGUUAUCUCCCCUCCAGAAGGCAGAAAUAGUGGACCUGGUUAAGAAGCAUGUAGGGGCCAUAACUCUUGCCAUUGGGGACGGUGCCAAUGAUGUUGGGAUGAUCCAGAUGGCCCACAUAGGUGUGGGAAUCAGUGGGAAUGAGGGCAUGCUGGCCACCAACAACUCAGAUUAUGCCAUUGCACAGUUUAGCUACUUGGAGAAGCUUCUGCUGGUUCAUGGAGCUUGGAAUCAUUUUCGAGUAACAAAGUGUAUAUUGUAUUGUUUCUACAAAAAUGUAGUGUUAUACGUUAUUGAGCUUUGGUUUGCCUUUGUUAACGGAUUUUCUGGGCAGAUUAUAUUUGAACAUUGGUGCAUAAGCUUGUACAAUGUGCUUUUCACUUCAUUACCACCUUUUUCUCUGGGGAUCUUUGAACAGUGUUGCAGUCAGAAAAGCCUGCUUGCAUUUCCACAGCUCUACAAGAUUUCUCAGGCAGGGAAUACUUUCAACACAAAGGUGUUUUGGUUUCAAUGCUUAAAUGCUUUGAUCCAUUCCUUCAUUCUCUUCUGGAUGCCCAUGAAAAUGCUGGAGCAUGAUAUGGUCUUACAAGGGGGUUACACUACAGACUACUUGUUUCUUGGAAAUUUUAUUUACACGUACGUAGUUGUUACUGUCUGUCUGAAAGCUGGUUUGGAGACACAAUCUUGGAAUAAAUUUAGUCAUAUCGCCAUUUGGGGAAGCAUAAUUAUAUGGCUGGUGUUUUUUGCAAUUUACUCUUUCGUAUGGCCCAUCAUUCCUAUUGCUCCUGAAAUGGCAGGACAGGUCAAGAUGGUCCUGGUUUGUCCAUACUUCUGGCUUGGUUUUUUCAUAGUCCCCAUUGUGUGCCUGACUCUAAAUUUAAUAUGGAAAUCAUGGAAACCACGAAUAUGUGAGUAUGUUGGGAAAUGUGAUCGCCCACUGACCCAUGAGCUGGACUGGGGCACUCAAAGGCUCUUCACUCCUUCCUGUGUCCUUGAAAUUGGCCGAGGCUCCUUGAGAAAAGAUUUCCUGAUGCGAGAACUAGCCCAGCUGUGGACCACCCUAUGUAAAUCAGUUGGGAAGAUUUCCUGUCCCAAAGCUCUUGGUUAUCAGGAAAUCUUUCUUGGAGGCUUCCUCGUGGAAAGGAACUUAGGAAAGACAUCUGCUGUCUCUUGCCAGACUUCAACUCUCAAGGCUGAUUGCUCAGACUGUCUGUUGUUGAUGGGCUUCUUAAGAAAUAGGACAUGCAAAAGGGGGGGUGGGGAAACCACUGAACCUGGGGACCAAAGCCGCAAGCAGGAGCCCGCGCAGCACCUACCAGGGUGUGUGCGGGAGCUGGGCGGAGGGAGAAGGGACGUUGACCUGAGGAGAUGGUCCUCUGUGUACACAGAAUCUAGGACCAUUUCCUUCGUGCUGAAGCGUCCUUCAAGCUCACGCGACUUCCUCCACUCGGGCUACCCGUCAUCAAACAGCCGGGAAAGCCGAAUACCACACCCAGGAGAAGGAGCAAGCCUCCCAAAGCGCCCCGAAAGGUCAGGGCAGGUUGCGCCCUCGCAAGCACACUCUACCGCAGCUGCUGCCAGGCCCCCAGAGGUUUUACGAUGCAUUGUUAUGCCUCCUUUUAAAGAUGUCAGUUCCACUCCACGCGAGGUGUCAGGGAGGGCGGAGCCCGACCGGGGCGAGGCCCGGGGGGGCGGAGCAGGGCAGCGCCGAGGCGGAGCUCCGGUGGGGUCCGCGGCGCGCAAAAACUUGGAUAAUGAAAAACUCAAAAAGAGCAUUCUUGUGUCUGGAAUCACUGUGCAGCAGAUCUGGCUUUCAAGGCAACAGAUCAAACUCUCCACCUGCCUGGCCAUCUUCGGACUUCCGGUACCAUCGUCUAUGAAUUCCCUUGCCCCACCGGCGGAAUCCAUCCCGUCUUACCCCUCCUCCUUGUCCCAGUUCCCAGCACCCCUGUCCAAGCUCUACCAGUCUCAAGGCCUUCUCACAGGCUGUUUUCAGACAGGCUGCUUUUUAGUGUCCUCUUCCCAGUCCUUCAUGCAUGUCUUCCACAUAGUGUAUAUGAAAGACCCCCUUCCUCCUUGUAGGGGCAGGAUUGAGAAGGAGUUGACGAACUCGGACUUCUCCCCUGCCACCCCGAGGGACGCCUCGGGGCUCUGUAACACCCCGGGGGAUGCCUCGGGGUGUCUGAAGAGGUCCAUUAUCUUGGGCCACCUGUCGGUCAGGGAGGAUCUCGCGUUCCUCCUGACCGUUAACACGAUGAUCCCCAUAAGCCACCAACAUCCCCUACGAGUAAAGGAAUGUCGCCCCCUAACCAGGGAUGUGGAAAUGGACCAUGACGCUACAAACUUAGUACACUCCCCUUUUAUGUCUGCCCUGCGCCAAGAAAUAGUAUUGCUAGCGGACGGGCCUAUAAAUGUGGAGGCCCUGAUGACUUCUACUGCGCGGCCUGGGGAUAUGAAACUAUGGGUGAUGUCUAUUGGAAACCCACCUCGCAUUGGGAUUUUAUCACUGUUACAGCCAAUUACUCCCAUGAGAUAA